AUGGAAAUGAAAAGAAAUACAACAAAGUGGUUGUUGUGGCUGUUGAUUUUCUUUGAUACUGUGCCAUUCAGCUAUGAGAAAUCAAUGAGAGAGCGAGCCAUCGAGCUGAUGGAAGAUGCACGUUUAAUCGAUGGCCACAAUGACUUGGUACUGCGGCUGAGAAUAUUUUACCAAAAUAGACUCAGUAAAGUCAACUUAAGAGAACUCAACAAGACCCACACAAACCUUGUGAAACUUCAGGCUGGUUAUGUGGGAGCUCAGUUUUGGUCAGUGUAUGUUAUUUGCAGUGCUCAGAACAAAGAUGCUGUGCGUCUCACCUUAGAGCAAAUUGAUGUUGUCAAGAGGAUGUGUAACAGCUAUGAAGAGCUUGAACUUGUGACAACUUCCCAAGGUAUCUCUGACAGUAGAAGGAUCGCAUGUUUGAUUGGAAUAGAAGGUGGUCACUCCAUUGACAGUAGUUUGGCAACACUGAGGAUGUAUUAUGACCUGGGUGUUCGUUACAUGACUUUAACGUCUGAAUCAUCGUCUAAAGGAAUACACAACUUUUAUCCUAGUGUUACUGGUCUGACUGCAUUUGGCCAAGAAGUGGUAAAGGAGAUGAAUCGCCUGGGUAUGCUGAUAGAUUUAUCUCAUACUUCAUAUUCCACAGCAAAAGCUGCACUGAAUAUCUCAAAAGCACCAGUAAUUUUCAGCCAUUCCUCAGCAUUUUCUAUUUGUAAUCACUCAAGAAAUGUUCCUGAUGAUAUCCUUCAGCAACUGAAAAAGAACAAAGGAAUUAUCAUGGUGACUUUCAAUGCAGAUGUACUGGCCUGUGGCAGAAAAGUUGUUAAUGUUUCUACCCUUGCAGACCAUUUUGACCACAUAAAAAAAAUUGCAGGUUCAGAAUCUAUAGGAAUUGGUGGUGACUACGAUGGAGUGGAACGUUUCCCUGAGGGACUGGAAGAUGUUUCUAAAUACCCUUCUUUGAUUGAGGAACUUCUUAGAAGAGGGUGGAAUGAAAUGGAACUGAGAGGGGUCUUACGGGAGAACUUUCUCCGUGUCUUCAGGGAAGUGGAAAAGGUGCGGACCAUUAGUGGACUAAUGGAUGUAGGUGAAAGUGAAAUUCCGCAAGAAGUGGUACAAAAUUCCUGUCGCCUAGACCUACGUAAUCCUCGGCUUCAGACAGCCAAGUCCUUUGGAUUUCCUUCUGUGGCACAACCUUUUAGUCUGACACUUGUAAUUGUAUCAUAUUUAAUACUAUAUUAUGAAUCCUAAGACCUAUGGAGUC